AUGACAGCCCCCCGCAAAGUCUGGCCCCAAUACCCCACCAGCACCUCCGCCCCCUCUUCCACCCCACCUUCCUCGUCCACUGCUCUCCCCACUCUCCGCACCGUUGCGCCCUCCACUCCCUCAACCCGCCUCCAAAACCUCGUCUGUAUAAUAACCGGUGCUUCCUCUCCCCUCGGCAUCGGCCGCGCCACAGCCCACCAAUUCGUCCUCGCCGGUGCCAGGGCAAUCUACAUAUGCGACUUCAACGCUCCCCAAAACCUAUCCUCCCUACAAGCCGAACUCGAGUCUCUCCCCUCUUUCCUAACUAUACCUUCCUCCCCUAAUGCGUCGAAAACGCGGCGACCAGAAAUCCACACACGCCUCUUCGACGCCGCGGACGAAGCCGCCGUGAAAGCCGUAGUAAAUGAUGCGAUAGAGCGGUACGGGCGCCUCGACGUCUUCUUCGCCAACGCAGGUAUCGUGGGAACGCAUAAACUCUUCACCUCCAUCUCCUCCUCCGAAUUCCUAUCAACACUACGCACGAACGUGCUCUCCGUGUUCCUGGCGAUGAAAUAUGCAGCGCCUGCUAUGCGGCUCAAAUCUUCCCACAAGACGGAGCCGGGCGGGAGCAUCAUCGCGACUUCCUCGGUAGCGGGAUUGAGGUCGAACGCCGGGUCGACGGAUUAUUCAGCUAGCAAAGCGGCUGUGCUGUCGCUCGUGCAGAGUACGUGCUAUCAGCUCGCGGGGUCGGGGGUCAGAGUCAAUGCGAUAUUGCCUGGCUUGAUAGAGACGGGGAUGACGGCGCUGGUGUUUGAGGGGGCAAGGAAGAGGGGGACUGAGGCGAAGGUGGGACAGUUGAAUCCGAUGGGGAGAGCAGGCGUUGCUGAUGAGGUGGCGCGGGUGGCGAUGUUUUUGGCGAGUGCGGAGAGUAGUUAUGUUAAUGGGCAGGGCUGGGCGGUCGAUGGGGGCUUGAGCGCGGGCUUACCUUGGGUGAGGGGGAAGUUGGCUUGA